AUGCUCGCGGCAGGUGAGCCCAAGCCCGUCGUGCAGUCCGCGUACGGACAGGUCCUUGAGGGCGUUGAUCCGGAAACGGCGCUCGUUGCGGCGAUCAAAGAGGCGGUCGCGCAACCUGGGAACGUGUGGCGGCAGCUCCUCGAACCUGUGACAGGCGUGCGGACGCAGGACGACUACCUCGCACAGGUUCGGUGCACGCUGAGCGCGCGGGCGCAGACGCAGGACUGGCGCAAACGCGCGAAGUUCUGGAAGCAAACGGCGAAGGAGGACGAGCGGCAUGGGGACACCGUUACACCGUCGAUUUCGGCCAUCUCUGCCGUGGUAGAUGCGCUACCGCAGGAACGGCAGGAGAAGGUGCUCGAGAUGCUUGGUAAG